CUCGUUUAAAUUCUGAAAAUCGUAAAAAGCAACAACAUCAACAUCGAAUGGGACCUAUAAGUUUUGCAAGAGUGCGUAAUGAAAUGCGUGAAAUGAAUGAGAACAAAGAAGACCCAUCACAGGUUGAUGUGUUUGUUGCAACUCGAACUGGACAAAAAGGAAAAGAGCUUGAUUCAGGAACACAAGCUAUUAUUGAUAAACUUAAGAGCCACCAAGAAGCUGGAGACACUCCCGAGAAAGCAUUUACUACAGUAUUUGGCAAAGAACAACCAGGAAGAGUUCAAUGUUAUGGGAGGACAAUCACAAAAACAUCUCUGCAGAAAGAACGAGAGAUUGCUAAAAUUAAGCAACAACAUGGAGAGACUAUAAGUUCAAUGAAAACUAAACUUCAUGAGACAAAAGAUAGAGUCCAAAGUUUGGAGGAUCAUGUGAAGCUUCUCUUGCAACAGAGUUCUCUUGGCACAAAUAUUGAUGAAGCACUGUCUUUAUUACGAACCAAGGAAUCAACACAUGAUAUAAAUAGUAAGCAAUGUCCGAAUGGCAAUGAUCGUCCUUCCUCAUCAACUCGUGAUCCAAAAUGA